UUGUAUGUAUUUAUUUACUCAGAAUAAUUUCUGUUCUCUUCCUUUCUCUUCAAGCAAGGCAAACCAAUCCAUUUUGAUAUGAGUAGACUACAGUGAACUAAGCUGUCAAAGGGAUUUCUUGCAAGCAUACUGGGAAUAAAAAUGGAAAAUUGGAGUCAAUAUGAAAAUUUGACAAGCAGUGUGAUUCAUUAUUAUCCUUACAUGGAAAGGCAAAGCUUCAAAAGUAAUACAAGUUAGGUACCAUUAAUUAUGAUUAAAAUGGUGCAAAAGAGUGAUAUAUGAGGUAUGAAAUAAAGAACUUAGGUAUAUUACCCACUCAGUCACCAGCUUCUGCUACAACAUUCAAUGCGCUCUACUGUUUCUGAAACUCCAAUUCUCAUUCAUAUAUAGGCUAGAGAAAACCAAUAAAACAAGUUCACAGCAUUCUGUGGGGUCGAAAAGGACAAACCAUCUUAUAUACUUCUCAUAAACUAAUCUAUACAUUUAUCUUCAUUUUCCUUCCCUCAAAAACUCAUCAUUUCUGCUGCCCUGGAGAUGGCCUCUGCCUCCAGCAUUCCCUACCACAGACUGAAACAUGAUGAUCUGUUUGGUGACUAUGACGAAGGAGAGAGACUCGUGGGAAGACCAUCAUCUAGAAGCUGGCACAGGUUUAAGAGGGUGCAUCAGAGAAAGAGAUUUAGGGUUAGGAUUCCAAGUUUGAGAAGGUUCCUGAGGAGGAAAGUUAAGCUGGUUUAUGCUGCUUAUGCUAAAUUGCUGAAGAGAUGGAAAGAAAGUCAGGCUAACUUUGGUGAUCUUUUUGCUGGGAAUUAUCUGUUCUUGCAGGUGAAUCCCAAUUCAUUGAAGCGUUUUGAGAAAGCAUAUCAUAGAACUACUACUGGCUUGUCUCCAAGCUACUCUCUGCCAAGAAUUGCUUAAUUAAUAUUGUUUCUAAGGUUGCUUUUAUUGUUCUUCAUGUCAUAGCAAGAUAAUGCAUAUGCCUCUUAGCCCUUAUCCUCAAGGAUAAGUUUCUGUUAUUAAAGGCUUAGUUGAAUAAAUGAUUUCUGAUUGCUGCUAA